GUACCAUUGCGCCACAAAACUGUGCCGACCUGUCGGCCAUGGGAAUCCAGACCAGCGGUACCUAUCAUGUCGGCCACCCUCAGCCAUUCCAAGUCUCCUGUGACAUGGACACUGAUGGCGGUGGGUGGACGGUCAUACAGCGGCGCCAGGACGGGUCGGUGCCGUUCGACAACACCUGGGACGUGUACGUGCAGGGAUUCGGUGACGUAAGCGAAGAACUAUGGAUAGGGCUUGAACACUUACACAGUCUGACGUCACAGCAGCAGCACGAGCUGUAUGUGUACUUGGAAGACUGGGAAGGUAACUCUAAGUUCGCGCGGUACAGCACGUUUUCUGUGGGAGAUUCAACCAGUAAAUACACGGUUACAAUCAGCGGCUUCACCGGGGAUGUGACUGACGAUUUGACCCCGGCAGAAGCACGUCGCAGCAUCAAUGGUAACAUGUUUUCAACAAAAGAUCACGAUAACGACGCAAACUCCGCCAACUGUGCAGUGUCAUUCGGCCCAUCAGGGUGGUGGUUUCCGGAGAGUUGUGGUCAGGCCUUGUUAAACGGACAGUAUCUGACCGGAUGUAACCCUUACUGUCCCUGGGCCCAGGGGAUUGUGUGGGAACACUGGCAUGCAAAUGGCAUGAAAUACUCACUGAAGAAAACAGUCAUGAUGAUCAGGCCGAGCGGUUUUCCAGCAUCUCCGUUUAACACAUGUCAGAAUGGAGGAACCAUGGCUGAAGGAACACCAGGAACUGGAGUCUAUACCUGUACCUGUCCAGCAGACUGGGAGUGGGCGUUCUGUGAACAAGCCGCCAUCGAUGAUUGCGCCUCCAGCCCAUGUACCCACGGGACGUGUGUGGAUGGACUAAACUCUUACAGCUGUAACUGUGAGGCAGGAUGGGAAGGAGUCAACUGUGAGACAGGCAUUAAUGAGUGCUCGUCCAGCCCAUGUACCCACGGGACGUGCAUAGAUGGCCUCAACUCUUACACCUGUACCUGUGAGGCAGGAUGGACAGGAGACAACUGUGCGACAGUCUGUUUGAAUUGA